UAUGCGGCACUCAGUGUUUUAAAGUGCCAAGUCAGUUCAGAAGGCUACCGCCUUCUUCAUGUCAUUCGCAGUUACCUGCAAUUGGAUAGUUUGAUCAGGCUCGAUGUCCAUACAGAAUGGACACUUGAAAUGAUAGACUCUGAAUUCCUCGACUAUGUUGAAUAUGCCACAAUGAAAUCCUCCAUUGAGGACAUCAAGACGGACUGGAACUUUCCCAAGACACACCUUUGGAAACACGCACAACGGGACAUUGAAUCAAAAGGUGUGGCACGUAACUAUAGCACACGCCCAAAUGAGAAGCUCCAUGGCCCGCUGAAAGCGGCCUAUCUUAAUCAAUCCAAUGGAAAGGACGUUGCUAAGCAGAUCCUUCGCGUUGAUCAUCACAAAUGUGCAGCCCUGCUUUUGCGAGGACGUGUUGAUACCCUCGACGAACAGCACCGCCUGCAAGCCUUAGGCGGUGACGACGAUGCACUCAGCGAUGAGGACCAUGUUGAUCACACCAAUCAUAAUGGACAUUUCAAGCUCGGCUCCCCUCAAAGUUGUGCCAUUACCAUUCAGGACAUCGAGAACAGGCGCGGUGCUCAGGACACAGCGUUUCAAGGCUUUUGCAGGAAGUUUUCUAAUUUUGUCAACAUAUCAUUGCCUACGUAUGGAUUCCACUUGACGAGAUGGAUUACUAUUCCGGUUGAUUUCCAGGUAUACUACUCUUUGAUUAUCUUUCAUUGUUUCACGCUGCUAACUGCCAUAUGA